CGUGAUUGGGCAUGAAAGCAAAACUAUGGGACGUUAUGAAGCCUUAAAGCUGCAGCACCUUUCGCGCACCAUCUCCUCCUCCAGCAGGGGGACUCUUACCUGUACCUGCGGGAAGGAGUGCCACUCGUCAUCGUCCGACUCCAAAUCAGGAUCAACUUUUCCUUCUUCCAGCAGCCCGGAGAGGUAGAAGUCGGCCAGGGCGGCUGGAAACUGAACCAGCGACUGCAGCAGGACUCCGAGCAUGGAGCCGAUAACGUCUUGGAGCGAGGAGAGAGUCAGCGAGUGGCUCCAAGGUCUGGACGCCCCCCUGCAUCAGUACCCAGUCUCGGAGUGGCAUUUGUCCGGUCUGGAUCUGCUCCAGUUGACCUCUCAGGACCUGGAAAAGUUGGGAGUCCAUAAGAUCGGACACCAGGAGCUCGUACUGGAGGCCGUGGAGAAACUCUGCUCUCUGACAUAUGGUAUAGGUGGAGAUAACCUGCGUGGUCUGACAGAGAAGCUGCGUGCCGUUGCCCACACCCUCCAGAUGGGCAUCCAGGGCCGCUGGCGCCUCAACAGCUACGAUGGACGGAGCACUACCAAGCUGCCUGCUGGAGUUCUGCAGGUUGUAGUGGAGCUCAUCAUCUCUGCCAAAGGACUCUUCUCUCUGCUCAACAGGUACCAGUUUUUCCAGCUCACCGCCACCAAGAACAUAUUCAGCUACUGCGGAGAGCUGGGAGAAACUGUCCACAAGGAUACUACUGUCUAUGAAAAGGAAAAAGACAUCAUCUCUGUAUGCCGUCAGUUGGUGGCGUUGUGCGAUGAGAUCCUGAACUCCAGCCCUGAAGCGCUUCUUACCCACACUGCUCAGCUCGAGAGUGUUGACCUAGUGCCUGUGUCUCCUGGUGAUCAGCUGGGGAUUGAGAUUACGUCCACUGGCUGCAGUAACCACUACGUGACCGGAACUGCUGCUGAGCCUUCGAAUGAUGUCUAUGUGAACAUCUUGGCUGGUGAUGAAGUGAUUCUAGUCAACAACCAGAUAGUGGUGGGCUGGAGCAGAGCAAAUCUUGUGAAGAAGCUGCGGGAGAAUCCCAGUGGAGUGAAUCUGGUCGUGAAGAAGAUCCCUGGGUCAGUCCGACACAAAGACCUAGUCCAGCAGGCCUCCUCUACACAGAAAGAGGAAGAAGAGAAAGACGAGGGGUCAGAGGACGAGGAGGAGAAUCCGAGGCACUCCAUAUUUGAGAGGGUAGCAGCUUCUGUCAGGUCCCUGUCUUUUAGGAAAGCUAUUCACGGGCCAGAGGUACAACAGCGGCCUGUGGGACAGGAGGACUCAGUGUUGUCCUGUGAAAAAGAGCUGGAUGGGAGUCUGAUGCUCACUUCACAUCAAAACCAACAAGGGGGGUUGUCACCACUGUCAGCCCCAGGGGACUUUGAGGGUUUGGAGAGUUCAAGGCUCUCCCCAAGACUCAGAAGAGACCAGUCGCUGUCGCCCAGAAGUCAUUCACCUCAAGGAGCCAACCAAGAAACAGCUAGCGUCAGUUCCUGCCCUGAAAUGGUGGGGCACACGGGGAAUAAGGACAUGAAAAAGAGUUGUACAAAAGGAAUGUCGACGGCUCUGAGUCGGCGUCGUGUGUCCUGCCGUGAGCUGGGUCGUCCCGACUGCGAUGGCUGGCUGUGGAAGAAGAGGAAGGAGAGCAGUGUCUUCAUCGCCCAGAAGUGGCAGCGCUUCUGGUUUGUCCUCAAGGGGCCCUCACUUUACUGGUACACCAGCCAACAGGAUGAGAAGGCAGAGGGUCUGGUCAAUAUAUCCAGCUACAACAUAGAGAGCGCCGGAGAGCACAAGAGAAAAUACGUGUUCAAAAUGUGCCACCAGAGGUUUCAAAACUUCUUCUUCGCUGCUGACAAUGUCAGCGACAUGAGCAAGUGGAUUAACUGCUUGAUUACAUCCAUACAGAAGCACAACAAGCUCCACAAAGGCCCCGAUAGUGAGGAAGAAUGUUACAGUGAGACGGAAUCAGAAAGCGAGAGAUCUCCUUCACCCCGCAGAAGAAACAAGAAGGUGCAGUCCAACACUCUGCCUCGCCCCAAGGGGAAGACGAACAAGAUGCCACUAUUGAGUCCUCCGACAGGGGGCAGCAAAGGCACAGGCGCCCCAGAAGAUGAGAUGGGUAAGAUUUUAAACAACAUAAAGGAAGGCGGAGUUUCUCUCAUCGGCCAAGAGCAGCCGUUUACACACGACCACUUCAGGAAGUCGUUCAUUCGACGCAACAAGAACCCUAUCAUUAACGAGAAAGCGCACACGCUCCGGGCCCUGCAGAGCACUCUGAAGGCAAAAGAAGCAGAGUUGCAGCAAAUCAACAAGAUCCUGGAGGAGUCUAAUCUGACAGCCUCAAGGUACCGCCAGUGGAAGGAGCAAAACGAGGAACUAGUUCAAGAAAUUGAGAAACUGGCCGAACUCAAGGCCUCCAAAGGACGGGACAAUGCAGCGGUGCAGGAUGCGACUGCCGAGGAGGUUGCCUUGGAAACUGUCGCUAAGGAAACGGCCACCGCAGAGACGGAAGGCGCAUACAGACUGAGCCUGAGCGACGGAGAGCAGUUAGUGGACGCAGAGCCGUCUGGCGCUCUCCUGGAGAUCCCACAGGGUUCUCCGAGCACAGAGACCAGUCCAGUGUUAGAUCUCUCUCUGGGGUCGCUGCAGGAUUCAAUAAACAAACAGCUGAGUGAGAUGGCGGAGAGCGGAGAAGCUGCUGAGAACUACUUCUACAUUUAAGACCACGCUGGAAUAGUCACACCACUGGAGAAUUGCUCUGUUUACAAAAGUCAGACAAAUGGAAGAUGCUUGUGAGAGAGGUGCAUUUCACCGUGUCCUCUACUGACUUUCAUCUGACAGGAUUAGUUAAAAAUUGCCACUAAAUCAACGCGUUAAUCUUGUAUGUCAGUGAAAUGUAUCAGUGCACACUUGUUUGUCUUUUACUAUUGGAAACUAAUUUAACCCUGUACUUGCUCACAACAAAUAUGACGAGUUUACAACAGAGAAAAGAACAAUUUGCCAAGUGUCGAUCUGAGUUCAGUAUGUAUUUAUGGGAUUCUAAAGCUGUCUUGUUCUUCUUAUGAUAAAAAAAUAAAAAUCAAAUAGAACUUUUCUUAGAAUUCAACGAGAAUCUGUAAUAUAAGUCAUGCCUCUUGUAAUGUGAUAUGUAAAUACAGUUUUACUAUAAAUGCUCUAUGUAUUUGUUAAUUACCUUAAUAAAGGUACAGAUUUGAAAUAUUUUGCACAGAAAAUUUACUCCAGAAACACUGUUGUUGUAGCUCCUGGUAUUUCAAGGUUAUGUCCUUUUUUGAGCCCUCUUGUACGUGCACACCUGUGUAUAUGAACCAUAUGGCAUGGCUGUAUGACCGUUCUGGUUCAGUGUUCCUUAUUGCCCAAGUCUGCCAUGAAUGCAGCAAAACAAGUGAAGAUUCCUCAAGUGCUUAGAUGUCUGAUGUGACCCUUCUCCUUUUCACUGUAAUCUUCAACAGCUUAAUAAA